CACGUUACUUUAUCAAUAGGCUCAUCCCAAGUUCCAAGUUCAUGAAGAUUGUUUCUUGUUUGUUCCUCAUGAUAUUCGCAUUUGCCACCUUGAAUAGCAUCAUGAGAUUGUCUUCCUUCGAAUUCGAGAAAAUCUCUUAUAAAGAAACUCAACAGAAGGAUCUGCUUACCGAAUCUACUGAUAAGCAGCAAGUUAGCUACGAUUCGGUCAACAUAGAGCAGCUAUUGGGUGUUCUUUUCCAUGACCUUACAAACGAAGGGCUCAAGAAACCUACUCAGCGCAAUGCAAUUUUCAUGACCAAUGAUAACAAUGCGGAUCCAGGAAUAGGGCCUAGCAUUGUUUCUGAUUACAACAUGGAACUUGUUUCGUUGAGUGAUUUGGAGAAGCAGAAGAAGGUAAUCGACAACAGUGUGGACUUUGUUUUCACCACCGAUUUCCCGGCGGCCUCAAAGUUCAUCGAGAGGACACUGAAAGUUGAUGGGGUUGUCGCCUUUCUGGCCCGCGAUAACCCCUCGGCGAAACAAUACAAGCCUUCCAACUACAAGAUGGUUUAUGUGAGGCGCUUGGAUCUCAUUGCUGUGGCCAUGAUAAAGAAGGAAGAACUUGUUCGUCAUGAUCAGCCACCGCCAAUGCUGGCUGCGCCUAGAAAGCUUCUUGGCUACUCCUCCGAAGCAAAGAAAGCUGCACUGCAAAACCUUGAAGAUGUCUUGUUAGAGCCUCCAAGAGCCUCAUCGAGAAUAUCAAGAAAAUACUUGAAGCGCACUAAAUACCUCCCGAAUUUGAUGGGCGAUUCUUUGGAAAGUUAUCCUCGUAGAGUUUUUAUUGAUGUUGAAUUGGCGGAGAAAGAAGGAGAGAGAAAAAAUGAUUGGUUUCAGAAGAAUUAUCCAACAAGAAACAAGAACUUCGAAAUAUACAACAUAAAUAUCGAAAUAAUUACAGCGGACGAAGAGGCGUCAACAAAAGAGGUGCCACAAAUAGGAAUGUCAGAUUGGAUGCGAAAGAAUGUGAAGGAUGAAGAAUUCGUGGUGAUGAAGGCAGAAGCAGAAGUGGUGGAAGAGAUGAUAAAAAGAGAUACUAUUGGGCUGGUAGAUGAGCUUUUCUUGGAGUGCAAGCCACAUAAAAAACAAGAGAAUAAUAGAAGUCGUAGGGCUUAUUGGGAGUGUUUGGCACUCUAUGGAAACUUGAGGGAUAAAGGUGUAGCUGUACAUCAAUGGUGGGGUUAGAAACUCAAAAGAAGCACAACAACA